AUGAACAUGUUCAAGAAGUGUUUCAAAUGUCUUUUCGGAGAUCAACCGGAGCCCAAGAGAAACAAAAGCGAUGUCGACUAUCCUUGGGAAAUCUACACUUUGAAGGAACUCCUCCAUGCCACAAACAAUUUUCACAAUGAUAAUAAGAUCGGCGAGGGCGGAUUUGGAAGCGUUUAUUGGGGCCGAACAAGUAAAGGCGUUGAGAUAGCCGUGAAGAGAUUGAAGGCAAUGAGCGCAAAAGCGGAGAUGGAGUUUGCGGUUGAAGUGGAGAUUCUCGGUAGAGUAAGGCACAAGAAUCUACUUGGACUUAGAGGAUUCUAUGCCGGUGGCGAUGAGAGGCUCAUUGUUUACGAUUACAUGUCCAAUCAUAGCUUAAUCACGCAUCUUCAUGGCCAACUCGUGGGCGAUUGCUUGCUCGAUUGGCCUCGAAGAAUGAACAUAGUUGUUGGAUCGGCACAAGGGUUAUCUUACUUGCACCACAAGGCAAACCCUCACAUCAUACAUAGAGACAUUAAAGCGAGCAACGUUCUACUCGACUCGGAAUUCGAGCCAAAAGUAGCAGACUUUGGAUUCGCAAAGUUGAUUCCCGACGGUGUUACCCAUAUGACUACCCGAGUGAAGGGUACCAUAGGGUACCUAGCACCCGAGUACGCUAUGUGGGGAAAAGUUUCUGAGAGUUGCGACGUUUACAGCUUCGGGAUACUUCUAUUGGAGAUCAUAAGCGGAAGAAAGCCCUUGGAGAAACUUCCAGGGGGAAUGAAAAGGGAUAUCGUGCAAUGGGUCACACCUUAUGUUCACGAGGGCUCGUUUGAUAGCAUAGCGGAUCAAAAGUUGAAAGGGAAAUAUGAUUUGUCGCAACUAAGGGCGGCGGUUUUGGUGGCAAUGAGGUGCACGGAUGGGAAUCCUGAUAACCGACCUAGUAUGUUGGACGUGGUCGAGUGGCUCAAGAGCGGCACGUAUGGGAGGAGGAAGAUAGUGAGGGAGAUUCCAAAGAUGUCUGAGGAGACUGAUGAUGUGGAUGGUCGUAAUGAUGAGAUAAAUAUGAACUCCGAAAGGCGUGGUAUUGGGAGAUCUCAACCAUCGAUUAAACGUGUUGUAUCGAAGAAAAUGAUAUGA